GGCCGGGCGCCGCCCCGCUCCCCGCCCCGGGGGCGGUGCGGGGCCAUGGCGGCGCUCGGCGGCGGCGGGCGGGCGGUGACGCUGCUGCGGAGGGGCCUAGUGCUGGGCCCGGCGCCGCGCCGCUACCGCUACAAGAAGAAAUGGGCUGCCACCGCCCCCCGCGUCCCCUCCACUCGACUGGCUCUGCAGAGCUUCGACAUGAACUACGGCCUGCAGCUUAAGGAGGCCUGGCCUUCCGUCCGGGUGAGCCUUCUGUGCGAGCAGAAGUACGGCGCCCUCGUCAACAGCUUCGCCGAUGCCGACCGGGUCGCCCAGGAGCUGGAGCUGUUGAAUGCUGUGGAUUUUAUUUCUGGAGCUGCCCAAAAGGCACAACGUUUGCAGCAGGAUUCAGCCGUGGAACAGGCAGGGAGAGGAAGUGCGUCCCGGGAAGCGCCUGGUGAGCGCUGGGCUGUGAAACAGGCAGAGACACCGCCACUGCUUUCUGCCCCCAUCACCUCCAACAUCAGGUGUUACACCUUCCCCAGAGGAGACAUCACUCGCUUUCGUCCUGCACGGCCAGACACCCUGGGGAUCCUCAACUAUUAUCUCAUGGAUGCAGCAUCUCUUCUGCCAGUUUUGGCGCUUAAUGUUCAACCUGAUGACUUUGUCCUUGACCUCUGUGCAGCUCCGGGUGGCAAGACUCUGGCUAUCCUGCAGACGGGCUUUUGUGGGCAUCUGGCUGCCAAUGAUGUCUCCAUUUCUCGCACAAAGAGGCUGCACCAGAUUCUCAAUAGCUAUGUUCCCAAGCAAAUCAGGGAAACGGUGUGUGUCACUUCAUGGGACGGAAGGAACUGGGGGGAACUGGAAGGUGGAACUUUCCAUAAGGUCCUUGUGGAUGUGCCCUGCACGACUGACAGGCACUCUGUCAUGGAGGAGGACAACAACAUCUUCAACAGAAGGAGAUCCAAGGAGCGUCAGAUGUUACCAAUGCUGCAAUUGCAGCUGCUGGUAAAGAGCAGCCUGAGGUCCUUGAAGAAGAGGUUCUUAAGGAAGCUGCUGCUGUGGAGGUGGAAAUGUCCUUGUGAUGCUUGAGAUAUGCUGGUGGAAAGAGCUCAAUGCUGUGGAAAGGCAAGUGAUUAUUGCUGUCUCUCAUAGGCAGGAUAGCUUCGAUCGAGGGAGAGGGUGUGAACAGGCCCACACACGCUAGAUGCUGUUUCAUGUGCAGUGGGAAGGUGUUGCUAUGACUUUGAGUAAGCAAUACCUGUGCACUCACGUAAUUGAACCCAUCAGUGAGUAGUAAAUGAUAGAUUACUGGAGUUUAUGAUAAGAUUUGCUUAAUAUCUACAUUUUUAUUUUUUGUGAACAAAAUAUGGUUGGGCAGAAAUGGCUGUAUUCAUGCAAGUACACCAUCCCCUACAAUGCUGUUGGAAUACCCCAUAGUCACAUCUGUAUGAAGUUACUCUAGUGUGCCAGGAAGAAAAUACUCAGCUUUAAGGAUCCUUUCCUCUCUCCGCAUUGCCGUGCUUCUGCAAGAUGCUACAUGGAUGAAAAUGAGGGUGAAACCCCCAUCCAUGUCCAUCCUUCCACAAAGCUGGCAAUUCAUAAUUUACAGCUGUUUGAACGCAGUGUAAGCUGGCGUUGCCCUGUGCAUCACAUCUUGGGCCAACAUGAGCAUUAGUCUGGCUGCACAGUGUGCUGGGUCAGGGAAUACUGCAUAGUCAUUAAUGCAGUAGAAGGAACUGGCCAGAUCAGUUUACUGGUGCAAAGGAGGAAAGAAAUGCAAAUGAGCAGCAGGAUGUGAUUAAAGAAUGAUUUGUGAAGCUGCAAUGUCAGUCUGGAGCCUUAGGCAUUGUGUGAAUUUUUCUUCAAAGGAAGAAGGCAAUGCAGCCAAGUCAGGGGCUCUUUUUAGCAGAAGGAUUUGGUGGUGUGAAGAGUUUGCAUGAUGAUGUUGUGCAGAAGCUAUUUUGAUGCUUGCUUGGUCUCUGUCUCAGCCACCGAGAUGUUUAGAGAUAAAUCCAGCAGCAUCCCAGCAAAGAUGAAGGAAAUCAGGCAGAUUUACAAUCCUUUUAACAGCUAACUACCCACUAUGUCCCUUCCAGGCUGUGUACUUAUUGGCAAGGAGAGGAUAUGUUGAUAGUUGUUCCUUUCUUCUUUCCUCCUUGCUGUGACUUACGCAUUUCAGAUCAGAAGUGAGGAGAAUUCACAGAGCACUCUCCUAUCCGUGUCUUGGCUGUCUCUGGCUCUGCAGAUGCAGGACUGGAGAGGUUAUAUUGCUGUCUUCUCACGGCUAAGUGUCUCCACCUCCUUCAUGAACCGGAGGCACAGCUCCUCCUGCCAUGGCAAAGCCACACACUGCACGGCCACAGGCAGUCCCACAGCUCCUUCCACAGCCUGCAGCAGGGACACAAGCAGUGAGUUGUUACCCACAGGAGCUCGGACUUUCAAGAUGUUUUGGAAGCUUGGCUGAGCCACAUGGCUAAUCCCUUCUGACCCAAGGGUUUGUCCUGGAGUGCAGAAAGGUUGGAGGCUGAGCCCUGUUGUUCAAGCAGGGGCAGGCUUAUUCUCUAAAGCACACUGGGGCAGAGAGAAGGCUCUUGCUGUUCUCGUGAUGGAAAUAGCUGCCAAGUCUUGGGCAGUGUGUGUGAGGUCAGCCCUCCCCUAGUCAGCUCUGCUUUGAGCUGUCUUACUACUAGAUCCCUUUUCCUUUAGCAUCUGUGUGCCUGGUCCAUGCUCUGCUGACUGCCUGGACCUGGCAGAACAGGUCAUGGAGCAGGAGAAAAUUACAGUGCAGUGCUGCAGGCCGUGGCUAUCAGAAGGACCUACUCAAGGAAGCCUUGCUCCAUGGCUUCUUCCUGGUUGCAGACUAUAACCCAGGCCUUGAGUGCUCCCCCAGUCCCUGUAUGAUAUUUACUGACUUAUGACCUUUGGGGCUUGGGAGAGAAGGGAUUUGUGAGGCAUGUAUAAAGUAGAGGUGACUUUCUUUUCUUUCUUUUUUUUUUCCCCCCCUUUUUCUCACUGUGCCUGUAUUGAUGGAGGCAUUUAGGAACCCCUGAUUUCAGUGGGACUUCUACUCUGAACACCCCUCUUAGCAGCCUCUGCUCCUUCCCUUUCCGUGCCACAGACCUGCUUUAGUGUCCUGUCCCAGGGGUCGUCACAGUAUCCUCGAUAAAGCUUCAGCUCUUCUUCAUCAGCUUCUGUCACUGUGCUGACAGGUACAACCCCAGCAGGGAAGUUCAAGACAUUGUACAACAUCGUGGAGGAGAUGGCAGCUGAGAGAAGCAAAAGAAAGACUGCAGGUAGCCACAGCCACCUGUAUUCUUUCAAACCUCAAGCAUGUUCCUUAGGCCCCCUGAGAACUAGCCGCUUCUGGGUGGAGAUACCGCAAAGGGCUGGUUGUAUGUGAGUCCAGGUCCCACUGCACGAACCAACUCUCACCAAAUUACUUCAUCUGUGUGCUUGUCUCCAUUUGCCAGUAAUGCCCAUAAAAUGCUUAGGUAGGCAGUAAAGCUUCCCAGUAGCGCCUACAGUUGGAUGUUUCUGUCCAGUCACAAGCACAGUGGUCUUUUCCCCUCCUGAGAAAGCCCCAGAUUCACUUACUUAGGAGUUUCCCAGGGUACCCCGUAGUGAAAGCUGGACCCAGGACAGGGCAAAGCAUGACGUCCAGCCUGAGUUCCCUCCACCUGGCGAUGAACUCCGUGCGGUACGCCUUGGGGAGGAGAGCAGAGAUGACAUAGAGGGCAUGUGAACACCUGGAGCAUCUCAGCUUCUUUGGGCUGUGCACCAGGCUCUCGCAUGGCUGAGAGAGGCAGCAGCAGGCAGAUCGGUGUGCGAGGGAAAGAGGCAGGGCAAAGGCAGCUGCUGGUUACAGCAUUUGCCUGCAUGAUGGAGGAACUUUUCCAGGAUCACAAGACUACCAGGGAAUGUGGGAGUCAGCGAAUGUCCCAGCCCUAAAGGCUACGUACUGAGCAUCUAUGGCCCCAGCUCUUGUGGUCUCUUACUGCUUUUUUUCUCCAAAGGAGGACCUGCACUAAAAGCCUGUGUGCGAAUGCCUUUCCCUGCAGCACAUGGACAAACCAUGGUUGCAUGGCUAAUGAAUUGGGAAUUGGUAAGAACCCUCUUCAGCAGGCAUUAGCCUGUGCCUUCCCCCAGUCCCAAGGCAGCCUUUGUACGCUGGGACCACAGAGUAUGGGCAUUUGGGCAUGAGCAUUGGGCAGCCCAGUCUUAUCUCUUGUUUGUGCCUUUCCCUCCAUCUCUCUUUCCAAGCACUCCAUUGCACAACCCCUUUCUUAAAUAAUGAGCCCCAAUCUGGUGCUUGCUGUAAAGCCUCAACUCAUAGCAUGAUGCCAGAGAGAAAAGUCCUCAAAACAUACCAUUAUUUGAUGCUGAUGCUUCCACAUCUUGUUCACUGACCUGCAAAUGAAACCACAGUAACAUUUUUAAGCCUUAAAAGGAGGGGAAGACUGCUUAAAUUAUCCUCCAAGUUGAUAAGCCUCUGUGAUUUUAGCAAUUAUUCAAAACAGUGCAUCUGUCCCAAUUUCUCUAAAAUUUCUUUUGGGAUUUGGGCAAAUGUCUGGGAGAGGUAGAAAGAAAGUUUUUUCUUGUGAGGCUGGGUUGAGUACUCAGCUCUGCUGCAAGCUUACUGUAUGACCUCAUCUAAAUCCCUUAAUCCCAUGUCAAUCCCAGAUUUGCUACAAGAGGGAAGGGCUUGCAUCAGGCUGCCUGAGGUAGUCGUAAAACAUAGAUAAAUCUUUGGCAUCUUGAAGGAACAAGAAGGCUGCAGCCUUUGAGAGAGCUGGAGGGAAAAUUCAUUUGUGUUGGAGGGUAUCUGGAUUCUUUAUCGGUAUCUUUAUUGCUAGUUCCUCUUUGUAGAGAAUAAUGAAAAUGGGAUGUGAUGGGUAUGUCAUUUAAUCCUUCAUUACAUAAAACUGCUUUAGCUUUGAAAGUGAAUUUCUUAAGUGUUUCAUAACUUGUCUCAGGCCCUGAGGGGCUGCAAUCUGAUGUGGAGAAUCACCAAAAAUGGGGCUGACAGAGACCAUCAGAGGCUGUUUUCCAUUCCCCCACCCAAGGCAGGCCCCAUGGGUCUAAGCCGUUGCUGACAGGUAUGCAUCUGGUUCCUGGGACACCCCAGCCUCCCUUGGGGAGCCUCUCCCAGAGGGAAUGCCUCCCAAGUUUCCUGGCUGUCAUGUUAACUUGACUUUGUGCCCUGGCCCCGGGAGAUGCAGGGCAUAGUCUAUUGCUUCUCACCUUGCAGCAGCCUAGAGCAUGUUUGAAGACCUGUGGGAAGGCAUUAUAAUACUAGGGGCGUGGGGUGAUGUAUUCCUAAAGGCUGAAGUGUAGUCCAGGACAGAGGGACAGUCUCUCCAGAGAGUGGGUCAGAGUGUGUCUUGAACCCAGUGCCCCUCACCCCACUAUGGGCACCCAUUGCGGAAGGUACAGUUCAUUUCCACAGACACCCCAUUUCCCAGCAGGCAACUGAGGAAGGUGCUGUCUUACCUCAUUCCGCACAAGGCACUCAGAUAGUCAGCCAGACGGGGAAACUGAAAAGGCAAGAGAGUCCUGUUAGGGUUGGGAUGUGGGGCGCAGCAACUUGUGUCAUUGUGGGAGACCUCCAGUCAUGGCCUGUCUCUGUCCCUGGGGAUGCUGCUUUAAUAGUGAAUGAAAUUGCUUAAAAGCGUUCCUCAUAGCUCUCAUUUUAGUUUGUUUCCGACUUUCUUGUUGAUUCCUGAUUUGUUUCUUUCAGCCCAAUAUUUGCUUCUCACAGAAGAAAGCACUGACAUGAAACAAGUCACCUUUUAUUAUUUUUGGUAAAUAAAACAUUCUUUACUGUGUUAUCCUACAGAAACAAGACUUCUGCAGACACUGUGGUUGUCUCCUAUUCACUGCUACCUUAUUGAUCCUGUUAGUUGAGAACAACCCCAUUGGGCAGAAAGACAGAAAACAGGAUGGAGGAGAGAAACCCUACAAAAAGAUGCUCACCUGGUGAAGGGUCUACAGUGAGCAUCAACCGUUAGUAACCAUGAGGAAUUCCCAUGAAAAUGAGCUCUUUGGGAGGCCUCAAACGCAGGGAUAGAGCUUCAAACUCCAGUCUGCCUGUUGCAGUGUUUCCCAGUUGCAUGAAUCAGUAGGAGACUGGGCAUGGCUAGGUUCAGUGUUUGAAGAACUGCAUGCUGUUGGCUCUGCAUUAGUCUUUUACAACUCUUGUCCGGUCCUUUUCUUAUUUCCUUUGGCACUAGAUAAAUCCCAGCAAGAUGCCAGAAAAGACCUUCCAAAGUGGUAGUGUUUGCCUUGGUCUGAAAUCCCAGGGUUUCCAGUUAAAGGCUUCUCCCAGUACCACCAUGCUUUCAAGCAUCACAGAGCUUUCUUGACACCACUCUGCUUUGAGCCUGAGGCCAGGGACUCACCAGAGGUUUAAGAAUCAGAGCCAGCAGCUUCUUCCCCAGCGUUGGGAUCUUGUAGCAAUUGACCUGUGGUUUCAAGCCUGGAUCUACAAUAUUUCCUGUACUGAGAAAGAAGAGGAGGAGGGGAUCAUGGCAGAGAAACCGUUUGCCUUAUCUCAGAAAUCUGAGUCUCUCCUGUUCGGGAUGAGAGAGAUGAGCUAGUUUUACCCAUGCAUAGUGCUCAUGGGCAUGGGGCUAGAGAUGUUUUAUGGCACUCCUGCCAGAGGUUUCCUACUUACAACAGAUCCAAAAAAGUACGGCAUCCAUCAGCAAAAAAUGUCUUCAAAAACAGUUCAGUCAUGACAUAGUGGAUCCGAGGUGGAGCAAAUGGCACCAACUGCACCAAAGUACAAGAUUAUGUGGCAGCUUGAGGAUGUGAAUAAUUUCCAGUGCCUGACUGUGGAAAUACUUCAAAUGCAGAAAACAGCUUCCCAGGGCUCCACAUGCCUGUGGAGAGCCCUAUGUGUGAUUUUUCUUCCCUGAGGGCUGCUCAGCCCAGCUCUGAGACCUUUCCAGAGCUGUUUCCUCCUCCCAUUCUCUCACUGAGCCAGAGACUGCACUAGUUUCCACCGUGUCCCAGCAGACUCAACACCUGCUCAAACACAGACUCACCUUGCUAUAAAGAUCAGGUAGCAUUAACACGCUUGUUACAUGUAGGUCUAAACUGAGGGGAAAGUGUUUUCCAACUCCUGCCAAUGGCCCUUUUCCCUCAGUGGUCCAGGAGAGGGCUCCCUGGACAUUGAGGAGAAAGGGGAACAAUGGCUCCCAAAGCCCUAGUGGGGAAGGACAGAUCUAGAAAAGGCCAGGGCAGCCUUCCAGGGACAAGAUGCAGCAUGUUUACAGAGAUUGCUGUCUGGUCUGCAUCACAGCUGCAAGGAGAGCAGAGAUGGAUUUACUAGUUAUUGUGCUGUUUCCCCAUGAGAGGGCACUGCUAUAAAAACCCAGUAGGUGAUGUGCUGGCCUACAGUGUGUGACUGCAUUGUGCAUAUGGAUGUAGUAACUUUAACCAGAAUCUGUUACCUUAGAUUAUUUUUCCCACCCUGUUAUCCUUGGCUAGUCCAUUGUCAGAUGGGUUUGGGGAUUAUAUCUACUCUCUGAAGAGUGCAGCAGAGAAGCAAAGCUUGAGGCACCCUGGGGAGAAGAGUUUGGUGAGGUCAAGCUCACCUCAUGCCCGGCUGCCCGCAGAGCAUCCCUGGUUUCGUGCACUGCCCGCCUCAUGCAAGGAGGAAGUGGGAAGUAGCCAUCUGUGUCGUAGUACCCAAUCCGGAGGGGAGCACAGCUUGCAUACACCUGAAGGAAAGGAGCCACCAGUUAAAGUCUCCCAACUUUACUGGGAGUAGGUCUGCCCCCAUCCUGAAGCCCACUGCAGAAGGGGAUAAAAGGUCCAGAUGUUAAAGAGCUACUGCUUAUGGUUUUCACAAGUUACCCUUUCCAAAUGUCUAAUGCCCCCCUUUGUCUCCAGCCUCUUCUUCAUCUCUCCCUUCAGAUAAAGCACAGCUGCUCAAGACCAGCUGUUUCAGCCAUUGCUACAGAGGAAGGAGUUGGAAAAACCUGAAGUUCAUCUGCACAGAGGGAGAGGAAGCAUCCUCAGUCAGGAGAAGAUUUGCUGCGGGAGUUACCCAGCCUGUCCCAUCUUCACUUAAAAAUGGCCAUUUUUUUUUUGCUCCUCAUGUUCUCUUCCUUCACCACCCUUUGCUGGGGUCUCUCAAUCCAAUAACCCAUACACCAACUGAGAGGCAGAAAGAGUAACUACUUUUUUCUUAACGGUUCUUUUUCUAACCAUUAUGACUUGUGCCUUCAAAGAAAAUUGACAACAUUGCUGGAAACCUAUACUGUAAGGAUUCAUAGACCCUUAAAAAAUAGGUAUAUUGAGCAGGUACUUUUUCACUGGUGUCCUGUGGGAUGCUUGGAGCUGGCUGGACACAGGACCCUCCCUCUCUUCAUCUGUCCCAUACCCUGGUGUUUUUUACUGGCUUUGUAACUCCACAGUGGCAAAUUCCACCUCAGACUUCUCGUGAAUUGCCCCUGAAGAGCAUGAAAUAAACAGCAAUCUUUUCAUAUUUUGACGUGAAAA